AAACACCCCCUCUACAGGUCACAAGAGGAACUGCAGGGAGGAGGAGCAUCUUACCGAAAACCAAAAGUGAAAGACAACCUGAAAAACUCCCGUGAUUUCUUGACAUGUUUAAAUCAGGGGUAUUAUUUGUUAAAGUUUUAUACUGUAUCUGUUUCUUUGGAGUCAAUAAAAAUGGCAGAGGGAUCUACAUCAGGUACAGAGAUGUCAGAGAGCAGCUCCAGAGCAGAUGAUCCAGUGAUCCGGAUUCUUCUGAUCGGCAGAAAGGGUUCUGGGAAAAGCUCAUCUGGAAACACAAUACUGGGAGAAAAGAGGUUUAAAGUAGGUUUAAAUUAUGAAGCUGAAAUUCAUGAGGAAGUAACUCAGAUCGGCGGGAAGCAGGUCGCUGUGAUUGAUUGUCCAGAUCUACUGGAUCCAGAUCUGAAUGAAGAGCAGCAGGGGAUGAUGAAGGAGCAGCUGGUCUCUGGAUGUUCAGCAGGUCUCAGUUCAGUUCUGCUCACCGUUCCUCUGGAGGAACCUCUGCAAAAUGAGCAGGAGAUCCUGGAUUGUGUUAAGUGUUUAUUUGGUCCUGAAAUUCAGAAAUACAUCAUGAUUCUGUUCACAUAUCAGUGUGAAUCGGAUCAGACCAUUGCUGAACCUCUGACACAACACGAUCAAGCAGACCUCCAGCGACUGAUGACUGAAUGUGGGAGAAAGUUUCACUGUUUCAAUAACAGAAUUAAAUCAGACGAUCAGAUACAAGGACUACUGCAGAAGAUUGAAGGGAAGAUGCUGGAGAACGGAGGGAACUUUAUCAUGAAACAAUUAAAGAGGAGUAACAGCAAGGCCAAUCUUGUCAAUUUUUCAGGAGAGUCUCCAGCAGCAGAUCCAGAUUUGUGAGUCCUAAGAGGAAAGACCAGAUCAGACUGGUUGUGCUGGGAAAAACUGGAUCAGUGAUCAGCUACUGGAAACACCAUCAUCAGCAGAAACAUGUUUUAAUACUGCAUCCAUUGCUAAGGAGAUAAUGUGAUGACUCUUAAGUGGCACUUUCACUUGAUGAUUAUAAGCGGUUGUAUUCUUGACUAAGACAUCAAUUUUGGGUUCAAUGCAGUUUAUCCUGUGGGUGGUGUUAAUAGAAAAAGUUAAAUAUCAGCAGCUGCUCAAUUUAAAUCUGCGUUCACUGACUGGCGCAGAGACUGACAGUGAAUUCAGAAAGGGAUAUACAUAUAUCACAACAAGUGUGAAGAGGCCUUUAAACUGCUUACAACAAUACCAGCAGCAUGUAAUCAUAUUUACAAUAAUUACAUAUUAAUAUAGCUUGCUAUUGAAGAUACAGCUUUUUAUAUAAUGCUGCAUGCUGCUUCCUUACAUUCCAUUAAACUGUGCCUAUUUCUCUUCAUC